UGUGGGUUGUGUCUCUUCGAACAACUGGCUUUUAUGCAGCAGAAACCACUAUGGGAGCAAAUUCAAGUUCACCUGAGGGCCUAGCAAAUAAUCCAGGACUUCUGGCAAGACGGAGGGAUGCAACUCCUUUCAGACUUCUCACAGUAAGAAUAGUAAGAGCCAGAAAUAUUCAGAAGGCAGACCCAUUUACGGAGUCCGAUUGCUAUGUGACUGUGUCACUACCGACUGCUUCUUCUGAAAAUGUCCGAACUGCAACUGUCUACAACAGUAAAAAUCCAGUGUGGAAUCAAUCAUUCUGCUACAGGAUUGACAGUCGUAUAAAGAAUGUUCUGGAACUGAAAAUCUGUGAUGAAGAUACAUUCACCAAAGAUGAUGACCUCCACACAGUUCUCUUUGACAUUGCCAAACUGCAUCCUGGAAAAACUAGUCGUGUCACCUUCAAAUUGAAUCCACAAACACGCGAAGAGUUGGAAGUAGAAUUCAAGUUACAGUACACCCCAGACUAUUAUGAAAACAUUGUUACAAAUGGAGUUCUGGUGUCACGUGAAAUUUCAUGUCUGGAAAUCAAAGUACAUACCAAGAAGCUGAAGCAACAAUAUACAAAAGGUGAUCUGAUACUUACAGUCAAGGGUUCUUAUGAAGACAUGCAGAAAAUUCCACUGACUCCUGAUUCCAGUAACAGAAAUGUCUUUGGGUUUCAUUGUAUCAAGAGUAAUCAAUCAAACCUGGAGGUCACACUACCAAAGAUGAUGGAUCGGUCAAAGCUGUCCUCAUUGAAAGAUGUUGCGGGAAGUCUAACCUCUGUUACUGUGCCUUUGUUUGAGUUUCCUGUGCAAGGGAAAAUAGAAAUAGAAGAGGACAAAACAUUUGACUUGCAAAUAAAGGCAAGAGACUGUUUCAAAUUCAAACCACUUCCUAAAGACCAGAAUCCAGACAAGCAGGCCUGGCAUAACAGUUCAGUUCCAGAAUCCUCCAAGUCAGACAGGGCAGAGACCAGACCAGAGCAUCAGAGACACACUCCAGAAAUCUCACACUGUGAGCAUUUGAAGCAUGCUAAAAUACAGUAUUUUAGGGCAAAAGCUCUAGAUGUGCGCUUAGCAAAUGACCUGAGUGCUGAAGAGAAGAAUUUCCUACUCAAGAGAAGGAAAUAUGUUGCUACUGCUUUGAAGAAGGCUCUCCAGCUACAGGAAGAGCUGCAGGAUGACGAGGUGCCUGUGGUGGCAAUCAUGACAACAGGUGGUGGAACUAGGUCAUUCACAGCAAUGUAUGGAAGCCUCCUGGGUCUGCAGAAACUGAAUUUGUUAGACUGUAUCACAUAUAUUACAGGUUUAUCUGGCGCCACAUGGACUAUGGUGAAAUUGUAUGAAGAUGCUAAUUGGUCACAGAAAUACCUAGAGGAAGCCAUUAAUGAGGCUCGGAAACAAGUCAGUAAAAGCAAGAUUAAAUGUUUUUCUAUUGAUCAUUUGAAGUAUUAUUAUAAUGAACUGAAACAAAGGAGACAAGAAGGACAUCAAACUUCAUUUAUAGAUCUCUGGGGGCUUGUCCUUGAGUCCAUGUUAUAUAGUGAGAAAACUGAUCAUAAACUCUCUUAUCAACGAGCGGCUGUGAAUGAGGGGCAGAACCCUUUGCCCAUUUAUACAGCUAUCCAUGUAAAAAACAACUACAGUGUUCAAGAAUUUAAAGAGUGGUUAGAAUUCAGUCCUUACGAGGUGGGCAACUUAAAAUAUGGAGCAUACAUUCGUUCAGAACAUUUUGGUAGCAAGUUCUUCAUGGGACGUCUGAUGAAGAAGCUCCCAGAAAUUCGGAUCUGUUUCAUGCUAGGAAUGUGGAGCAGCAUAUUUUCAAUGGACUUCAUGUAUUUGUGGAAUUUGGCCAAUGACUUUGAAGACUUUUGGUGCAAGUGGACUCAAGACAGAGUAGAAGACAUUGAUGACUCUAUUCUACCGUCAAGGCCUCAUGAACUGGAAACUCGCCUAGUCUGUUCUCAGGGCCAGCUUUCUCAUGUUCUCCGAGAAUUCGUAACAGGACGUCCAUCAAUAGCAGAGUAUCCCAAUUUCCUAAAAGGCUUCCAGAUACAUGAUGAAUACUUGGAAAAUAAGACAUUUUCUACAUGGAAAGAUACUGUGCUAGAUUCUCAUCCUAUCAAACUGUUGGAAACAGCAGAGCAACCUCUGUCUCCUGUAGAUACUGGCUUCUUCAUUAACACCAGCUACCCACCCCUUCUGCGACCUGAGAGGAAAGUGGAUAUUAUACUACAUUUUAAUUACAGUGAUGUCUCACAGACCAUGGAUCUGGACCGGUUUGUAGCAUAUGCCUCAGAGCAGGGCAUCCCAUUUCCCAAAAUAGAGAUCAGUGAGGAAGAUAGGGAGAACCUGAAGGAGUGCUAUGUGUUUGAUGAUACAGAAAAUCCAGCAGCUCCCGUUGUGCUCUUUUUCCCAUUGACAAAUGAUACCUUCAAAAAAUACAAGGCACCUGGUGAGGAACGUGAUCCAACAGAUAUGAAAGAAGGCAAUGUAGACGUUUCCAGUUUUCUAUCUCCAUUUACUACAAGGGAGAUCACAUUCUCAGAAGAGAAUUUUGACAGACUAGUGAAACUGACUGACUACAACAUUCUGAAUAACGAAGAUAAGAUUGUAGAGGCCUUGCGUGCAGUGGUGAAGCGGAAGAAACAACAGAAGCCAUGAGCAGCAGGGCUGCCAAGCUUUAAUUGAUGUAACUGGUAGACUUAUCAAUAAAAUAGUUAAUUGCAAU